CUUUGAGACGGUUGGCCAUCGACGCAGUGCCGCUGCCGGGAAACCCGCAUAUGCCGUUGGCUCGCCGUGAGCCAUGCGGUUGUGGGCAGCACGGCCAUGGGGGCACCGCGGCGGCGGCGCACGCCGCCGCCGCGCCCACGCCACGGCAGCACCACUUCUGGGAUUGCGCGGUGGCGAAGGCCGUGGUGGCGCAGAUCAACGCACACAACCCCGGUCCGGCUCCCAUCAGCAGCCAAGCCCAGCUGUGGCUGGUCCAGGCGCCGCCGGGUUUUCAGCAGUGUGUUUGGGACGUGGUGGUGAUGGCGGCGCUGGCCGCCACAGAACAUGGCCGGGUGCAGCUGCGCGGGAUGACGCGCGCCGCAGCGGCCCUGGGAAUUCAGACGGUGGCGGCAGCAGCUCCCGAGGCUGCGGUGGCAGGUGCAGCGGAGGCGGAACCCGAUCUAUCUUGACGAGAUCCCGCCCACACAGCUGACGCCGCCGCAGCCAGGCGUCAACCCCGUCGAGCUUGCGUGCGCUCGCGCAGUCGCGGACUUCUGGUCGCGGCUGAUGCAGUUCGCGCAGCUCGGCGUGCCCCAAAAGGGCUGGGAUGGUGUUGACGCCACUCACCCCAUCCUGGCGGUGGUGAACGGUGAAAUGCUGUGCGCAUUGCCGCAAGCUACCAUGAUUAUUGCCGUACCAACUGGUAUGAAAAUUUUCAGCUGGAGGCUGCUGGAGCUGGAGCUGGAGCUGGACUGCUGGAGCUGGAGGCUUGAAAGGGAUCAGCCCUUAGGAGAAGCGCGUGAGCACUAACAAGAGCCACUGAAGCAGUGGCAUACGAGAGGGUCAGCGGGGGAGCUUAGUGGGCAGGCGAUGGGUUUUUUUUGUUUUUACGCCCGUGGGAGCAGUGCCAGGUUUGCGGGGUUUUAUGCCUGAGAGGGUGUAUUGGGUGCUGCAUCACCCCGGGCCUUACGGCCUGGACCGGCCUAGUGGCCAGACGCAUUGGUGGCUGCCCUUAGGCAUAGUCUGCCCUGGCGUCGAGAGCUGGUUAGGUUGCGGUUGAGGUCGUGCAGGCUGCGGGGGCGUAGGACUCAGCCCCGCAGCCACUGUGGUCGUGCUAUCGCGUGCUGUCGCGUGCUGCGUGCUGCGUGUUUUGUUAUGUUUGCUGUUUUGUCUUCUGCCCGCCUGGUCUUAAAGAGGUAGCUCGCCCGCUGGGUCUGAGGUUGUUACACCGGUAGUAAUUCCGCAAGGAUUACUGGCGCGGUGAAGGGUCGGAGUGCGUUACCCUGUGGACUCCAGAGCUAUUUGCGCUCUGCCGGGGAAACGCCAGGUCACGGCAGCCCUCAAUUGAGAGCCCUGUCGUUGGUUAUACCAGAUACACGAUUCACGUGAUCUGGCAGAAUAACCGUGGAAACCGUAGUCACAC